AUGCAGCUCUCGUUCCUGUCCGUUCCCUCCCAGUGUGCCUCUCCAGCUCUCGUCCCCCCUGCUGGGGGGAACAGGAGGUCCGGUCCCCCCCGACCUCCUGUUCCCCCCGGCUUCCCUCCCUCACGUGCUAGCAGGGCGUGCGAGAGCCUGGUGGGGGGAGGCGAGGAGGGCGAGGUGGAGGGUGAGAAAACCAACGCGCCUCUUGCUCCUUUACCUUUCCUUGUGCUUCCUGUCCGUCUCUCUUCCCCUCCUUGUCCCCCUCUCCUUUCCCUGCCUCUUUGUGCUCCCCUCUCCCUGGGGCAAGCAGGGCGUGCGAGAACCUGGUGGGGGGCGGGGAGGAGGAGGACGAGGGCGUGCGAGAACCUGGUGGGAGGAGGUGAGGAGGACGAAGUGGAGGCAUUCAUGCAGCAUCGGGUUCAGGUGGGUGGCGUAGCAUGCGAGCAGAGCAGCACUCCUGUGCCUCUUAUGGAACGAGGUGCAGGUGGAGAAGAGCAACGUGCUGCUGAUGGGACCCACCGGAUAUUCCAUCCUCUGCUGCACACGCACUGCCCCAUGCGUGCAGGCAAGACGCUGCUGGCCAAGACUCUGGCUCGGUUUGUCAACGUGCCGUUCGCCAUUGCUGAUGCCACCACUCUCACCCAGGCGGGGUAUGUGGGCGAGGAUGUGGAGAUGAUUCUCUAUAAGCUGCUGCAGAGCGCCAACUUCAGUGUGUCAGCAGCGCAGCAGGGCAUCGUGUAUAUCGAUGAAAUUGACAAGCUCACCAAGAAGGUAGGCUUGCGACUAGCAGCACUAGCAGCACUGGCACUAGGUGAUGGGCACUUGGUGAUGCACCCCCCCACUAAAGCAGCAGCGCAGCAGGGCAUCGUGUAUAUCGACGAGAUUGACAAGCUCACCAAGAAGGUGGGCUCGCUAGCAGCACUAGCGGCACGGGCACUAGCAACGCAGCAGGGCAUCGUGUAUAUUGAUGAGAUCGACAAGCUCACUGAAAAGGCGGAGGGCAUAACGAGCACAAGGGACGUGUCAGGAGAGGGCGUGCUGGAGUACCUUCUAAUCAGAGGCGGAGGGCAUCACGAGCACAAGAGACGUGCGGAGGGCAUCACGAGCACAAGGGACGUGUCAGGGGAGGGCGUGCAGCAGGCGUUGUUGAGAAUGCUGGAGGGCGCCGUGAGUAAAGAAGGGGAGAGGGGGGGGGGGGGGGGGGGGAGGGGGAGGUUAUGGGGGUAUGUGAGCAGAGGUUUGGAGGAGGCGAGAUGGCAGGGACGUGUCAGGGGAGGGCGUGCAGCAGGCGUUGUUGAGAAUGCUGGAGGGCGCUGUGAGAGGGGGAAGGUGGUGGGCUGCGUGUCAAAGGGGGGCGUGCAGCAGGCCUUGUUGAGAAUGCUGGAGGACGCUGUGAUUAAUGUGCCGGAGAAGACAGGGAGGAAGAACCCAAGAGGCGAGUUCAUACAGCUGGACACACAGAACAUUCUCUUCAUCUGUGGAGGGGCGUUUGUGGAUCUUGAGAAGACGAUUGCAGAGAGGAAGCGCAAGUCAUCCAUCGGCUUCGGAGCGCCCGUGCGAGCAUCUCUGCGCAACCGAUCGGUGCUUGACGCCCGCACUGCCGGCUCGCUGCUGCAAUCGGCAGAGAGCACGGACCUGAUAGCCUAUGGGCUCAUUCCCGAGUUUGUGGGGCGGUUCCCGGUGCUCGUGGGGCUGCAUGCUCUCACAGAGGAGCAGCUCGUGCAGGUAAUGACUGGUGCAGGUAGGUGCAGUGCAGGUGGCAACUGGGUAGCAAUCGGUGCUCGUGGGGCUGGAUGCGCUCACAGAGGAGCAACUCGUGCAGGUAGAUUCAAGUGGCCACCAGUGUUCAUGGGGCUGCAUGGGCUCACAGAGGAGCACCCGGUGCAGGUGGCAACUGGUGCAGGUGGCAACCGGUGCAGGUGGCAACCGGUGCAGGUGGCAACCGGCGCGCUUGCACAUGACGAAGGGCGCAGUGAGGGCCAUAGCGCGCAGGGCAGCAGCGCGCAACACGGGGGCCAGGGGGCUGCGAUCGCUGCUGGAGGGGCUGCUCACCGAGGCUAUCACUCUAGUGGAGGAAUUGGUGUCGGACAGGCAUCAGAGGGGCAAGAGGGGGGCGAGAGGAUAACCCGCUCUCUGCUUUCUUCCCCCUUCUCGUCCCAGCACACCUGGCUCCUAGCUCAGUUGACUUUUGAGUCGACUCACGAGUCCCCUUCUCCUCAGUUGACUUUUGAGUCGACUCACAAGUCCCCUUCUCGUCCCAGCACACCCGGCUCCCAGCUCCCUGGUAGAGGCAGUCGUGUUGGACGAGGCAUCGGUGGGGCACGCGGGGGAGGAGGGCGAGGAGGGGCCAACCUGCACCCCGUCCCAAGCUCUCUGGUGGAGGCAGUGGUGUUGGACGAAGCGUCAGUGGGGCACGAGGGGGAGGAGGGGGAGGACGGUGUGCCGGGGUCAUCUGUCUACUACCCCUUCUAUUGUGGUGGACUGGGGGAUGUCACCGUGCUAGAGCGUGCUGCUAGGAAUCAUGGGCCGACGAAAACGGAUCACCGAGGCGCAGCGGGUAACCAGCCGGCGAAAUUAGAUCUUGCGAUCCCGGCGAAAUUAGAUAGUGCGAUCCCAGCGAUUCUCCCGUGGCACGUGCUGCUCGUUCUCUUCGUCACCGUGCAGGCCUACUCGCUCCGCACGCUAGUCGUGUAUCCGCCGUCCAUUUUCUCCGCAUCCGACGGUUACCAGCAGCACCAACAGCAGCAGCAGCAGCAGCCGCAGCAACAGCAGCAUCAGGAGCGCGAAUGGUCGGAGCGCGCCGAGCCCGUUUCCGCGGCGGAGCAGGCGAAACUGGGAUUGGAAGGUCCUCCGAACGGGGAGGCGGGGAGGAGCGACGGUGGAUCAGAGCGGAGCGAUGCGAUGGGGUUGCGGGGAAGGUGGGGAAGGGUGGGGAGGAUGGGGAGGAUGGGGAAAGGUGGGGAGGAUGGGAAGGGUGGGGAGGGUGGGGAGGGAGUGGAAGGUGGGGAGGGUGGGAAAUGUACGCUGCUCUCACUCCCUUCCCUUCCACCCGUUCUCCAUGUACACCUCCUCUCAGACCCCGGGCAGAAAAAAAAGAAGGGAGUCACAACAGCAGAGGACGUCGAGUUCUUUCUGCGCCGCCGCUUCCCCUCCUGCAAGCUGGAAUACAUCGGCGGGCAGCCCGGGCAGGCGAAAGAAAAAGGCGAGGGAAUCGUGUGGCCCGUAUGUUCUGACCACCUGCGGCCAAGAGGAGUCGUGUACUCGUUUGGAGUGGGCCCGAACCUUCUGUUUGAAGGCGAAAUGACCUUGAGAGGACAGCAGGUGUUUGUGUUCGACCCUUUCGUCAACGACACCGCCUUUGCCUCCAUGCUGCAACCCAUCAAGGGCCUCUCCCCCCGCCGCUCCCCCCAGUUCCGCCCCUUUGCCCUCGGGCCUCGAGACGGGGUCGCCCUCUUCCACCCCAUUCCCACUUCCUCCUCUUCCUCCUCCCCCUCAUUCUCUGCAUCUUCUGCUGCU